GUGGCUAACCCGGAGCAUAUAAAGCUAAAAGUGGUGGACCAGGCUCAUAAUGAGAUCCACUAUCGGGUCAAAGUGAGCGCACAGUUCGCCAAACUCAAGAAGUCCUACUCGGAAAGGGCUGGUAUGGAGGCCGACGACGCCAUUGAGGUCUAUGAGGAACAGGUUGGCGGUAAUGGACAACACUUCCUGAUGGUGUUCAUGGUUUUGAGACACUCGGAUGAGAGGGUCGGUAUCUCAGGGGACAUGUCAUCGGCGACGGGAACGGUAGACGGAGGGGCGGCUGCGGACUGGGAGCACAUAGAGCUGAAAGUGUUGGGUCAGGACAGCCACGAGACCCGAUUCCGCGUCAAACUCACCACACGGAUGGGUAAACUCAAGAAAUCGUACGCCGAGGCGAAGCGCCUACAGCUCCGGGAACUCCGGUUCUUGUUUGACGGCCACAUCAUUCAAGACAGAGACACGCCGGCGCUCCUUCAGAUGCUUAAUGGGGACGUCAUUGAGGUCUAUCCGCCACAGGAUGGCGGUGAUGCCGGUGCCGACGAUGGCAACCACUUCCAGACGGUGUCCACCGUUUAA